ACAUUUUCAGGAGCGGCAAGACUGAUUACAUUGAAGAAAAUGUUUGACAUAUUUAAUUUCUUCUUGUUCUCAUGGAGUCUGUCUGGUGUGUUUGGUGAUGCAGUGAAGUCAGUGUCAGUGACCGAAGGAGAAUCAGUGACUCUAAAAACUACUGAUACUACAAUUAAUGAGAUACGGUGGAGUUUUGUACACAAAAACAGCAGCAUUCUCAUAGCUCAAUACAGACAGAAUGAAAAGAACACAGUUCAUGAUUAUGUUCUUGAUGGGAGAUUCAGAGACAGACUGAAGCUGGAUCAGACUGGAUCUCUGACCAUCACAAACACCAGAACUACACACUCUGGACUCUAUACAGUAACCAGCACCAGCACAGAUACACCGCUCAACACAUUCAAUCUUACUGUCUAUGCUCGUCUGCCUGUUCCUGACAUUAGCCACUAUUCACAAAAUGUAUCGUCAUCACAUCAGAGUUGUUCAUUGCUGUGUUCAGUGGUGAAUGUGAGUGAUGUGAGUCUCUCCUGGUUCAGAGGAAACAGUUUAUUGUCCAGCAUCAGUGUGUCUGAUCUCAGCAUCAGUCUCUCUCUACCUCUGGAGAUUGAGUAUCUGAAUGAUUCUUACAGCUGUGUGGUGAACAACUCCAUCAGCAACCAGACCAAACAUCUUGACACUAAACUCUGCAAGCCAUGUGCAGGUUCUCCAGACUCUGUAUCUCUGAUAGUGCUGGUUUCUGCUGCUGCUGGAUCUCUGUUGAUUGUAGCUGCAGUCGGGAUCUUCUGCAUCUGCAGGAAAAAUGACCAAGAGGGCAAGUAUUACCUACUACUGAGAAAUUACAUGUAA